AAGCCAAGUUUCCAUCCCAGAGAAGCUGCUUCAGUACCAGGUCAUGGCCGUGCUCCUGACCCCACAGGAACCAGCCAGCCUCCUGAGAGUGAAGGUGGAAGAAGGUGUUCCUGGGCAUCCGGAAGGAGAUAGACCUGACCCUGGGUCCUCUGGGCAGCGCUUCAGGGCAGGACUCCGAGGUGCAUGUGAAAGUACAGGUCCUGGGUCCAAGCCACCUCUAUCUGCUGUGCCUGUGAGGAUGGGCAUCUGGGCAAAGGCCCGACAGCAUCCAGACCACAAUCUUCCUUUCCAGGACUCUGCUCUUCAUCAGGAGGGAAUCCCAGAAAGAGAAGAAGGAAGGCUUCUGACAGCUGGAUCCCAGGAAUCAGUGGCAUUCCAGGAUGUGGCUGUGGACUUCACCCAGGAGGAGUGGGGCUACCUAGACCCUUCUCAGAGGGACCUUUACAGGGAGGUGAUGCUGGAGAAUUACAGAAACCUGGUCUUCCUGGGACUCGUGGUUUCCAAACCUGAUGUCAUCUACCAUUUGGAACAGAGGAAAGAACCGGGGAACCUACAGGAUAUCGACAAGAGAAAAGUCCCGAGAGGUCCCUAUCCAGACUCAGAGACCAGGCCUGAAGCCAAGGCAUCAACUCCAAAGCAGAGAGUUUCUCGAAAAAGCUCUUUCCAGGGGCUGAUAGUGAAAAGACUCCCAAGGAAUAGCCCCUUGUACUCAAAGUUUAGGGGACGAAAAGCCAGAGAAAUUGAGGGCAGUUUAAACAUAAGGCAGGGAAGUCAGGGGAAACCCUAUGAAUGCAGCGAAUGUGGGAAAGGAUUUAUUUACUGCUCUGAGCUCAUCCGACACUGGAGAAUUCAUACAGGAGAGAAACCUUAUAAAUGCAACGAGUGUGAGAAAACCUUCAGAUACUGCUCAUCCCUCACUCAGCACCAGAAAAUUCAUAUUUUAGAGAAACCCUUUGUAUGUAGUAAAUGUGGGAAAGCCUUUAGCGAUAAUUCAACCCUCCUUCGACAUCAGAAAAUUCACAACGCGGAGAAGACAUACAAAUGUAGUGAAUGCGGGAAGUCCUUCAGCUACUGUUCAGCCUUGAUUCGACAUCAAAGGAUUCAUACCGGAGAGAAGCCCUAUGAGUGUAGCGAAUGUGGGAAGACCUUUGGGUACUGCUCGUCCCUAAUUCAGCAUCACAGAAUCCAUACUAUAGAGAAGCCCUAUAAAUGUGAUGACUGCGGAAAAGCCUUUACUGAUAGCUCAAACCUUCUCCGACAUCAGAGAGUUCAUAAUGUGGAAAAACCUUACAAAUGUAAUGAGUGUGGGAAGUCCUUCAGUUACUGCUCAGUCUUUAUUCGACAUCAAAGGGUUCACACAGGAGAGAAGCCUUAUGAAUGUAACGAAUGUGGGAAAUCCUUCAGCCACAGCACGUGCCUUACCCAACAUCAGAGAACUCACACUGGAGAGAAACCAUACGAAUGCAGCGAAUGCGGAAAAGCCUUCAGCCAGAACUCAUCCCUUUAUUAUCACCAGAGAGCACAUACUGGAGAGAAACCAUACAAAUGUAAUGUAUGUGGGAAAGCUUUCAGUUACAAUGCCUCACUCACCCAACAUAAACAAACUCAUACUGGGGAGAAGCCCUAUGAAUGUAGCGAGUGUGGAAAAACCUUCAGUCGAAGGACAUACCUUACUGAGCAUCAAAGGAUUCAUACUACAGAGAAACUCUUUGAAUGCCGCGAAUGUGGGAAGUCCUUCAGCCAGAACUCAUCCCUUGCUGAACAUCAAAGAUUUCAUACUGGAGAGAAACCCUACGAAUGCAACGAAUGUGGGAAAGCCUUCAGCCGGAGCACAUUCCUUGCUCGUCAUCAGCAAACUCACAGUGGAGAAAAACCCUUUGAGUGCAGCGAAUGUGGGAAAGCCUUCAGCCAGAGACAGUCCCUUUAUUACCAUCAGAGAACUCACACUGGAGAGAAACCAUAUGAAUGUAAUGAAUGUGGAAAAUCCUUCAGCCGGAGCACAUUUCUUACUCAGCAUCAGAGAAUUCAUACUGGCGAGAGACCUUAUAAAUGUAAUGAGUGUGGGAAGACCUUCAGCUGGAGCACAUGCCUUACCAAACAUCAGAGAAUCCAUACUGGGGAGAAACCUUUUGAGUGUGAUGAAUGUGGGAAAGCUUUUAGCCAGAAAUCAUCCCUAUGUUACCAUCAGAGGACUCAUACUGGAGAGAAGCCUUAUUUGUGCAGUGAAUGUGGGAAAGCCUUCAGGUACCAUUCAGUCCUUACUCAGCAUCAGCAAAUUCAUACUGGAGAGAAGCCUUAUGAGUGUGGUGUCUGUGGAAAAGCCUUCAGCCAGAAUUCCUUCCUCACUCAGCACCAGAGGAUUCACACUGGAGAGAAACCCUAUAAAUGCAGUAACUGUGGGAAAGCUUUCAGCCAAAGGGCUUCCCUGUAUUACCAUCAGAGAAUUCACACUGGAGAAAGACCUUAUGUUUGUGGUGAGUGUGGAAAGUCCUUCAGCUACUGCUCAGUCCUUAAUCAGCAUCAGCAAAUUCACACUGGAGAGAAGCCUUAUGAGUGUGGUGUCUGUGGGAAAGCCUUUAGCCAGAAUUCCUUCCUCACUCAGCACCAGAGGAUUCAUACAGGAGAGAAACCGUAUGGAUGCACCGAAUGUGGGAAAACCUUCAGGUACUGCUCAGCCUUUAUUCAACAUCAGAAAACUCAUACAGGAGAGAAACCUUACAAAUGUAAGGUAUGUGGGAAAGCCUUCAGUUACUGUACCUCUCUUUCUCAACAUCAUCAAACUCACAGUGGUAAGAAACCCUAUCAGUGCAAUGAAUGUGGGAAAGCCUUCAGCUACAGCUCAUCCCUUACUCAUCAUCUCAGAACUCACACUGGAGAGAAACCCUAUCAGUGCAAUGAAUGUGGGAAAUCCUUCAGCUACAGCUCAUCUCUUACAGAGCACGUCAAAACCCACACUGGAGAGAAGUCUUAUGAGUGUAAGGAAUGUGGGAAAUUCUUCAGGUGGCGUUCAUCCCUCAUCAAACACAAGACUUCACACAGGAGAAUAACCAGAAUCCAUACUGGAGAGAAGUCCUAUGAAUGUAAUCAGUGUGGGAAGGCCUUCAGCCAGAGCACGUGCCUUACCCAACAUCAGAGAAUUCAUACUGGUGAGAAACCCUAUGAAUGUAAUGAAUGUGGAAAGGCAUUUAGCCAGAUCUCAUCCCUUUAUUCCCAUAAGAGAACUCAUACUGGAGAGAAGCCCUAUGCAUGCAGUGAAUGUGGGAAGGCCUUUAGUUACCAUGCAUCCCUCACUCAACAUAUGCAAACUCAUACUGGAGAGAAACCCUAUGAAUGCAAUGAAUGUGGAAAAGCUUUUAGUCGGAGCACAUAUAUUAUUGAACAUCAGAGAAUUCAUACUGGAGAGAAACCCUAUGAAUGUACUGACUGUGGGAAAACCUUCAGGUACUGCUCAUCUCUUACUCAACAUCAGAGAAUUCAUACUGGAGCAAAACCUUAUGAAUGCAGCGAAUGUGGAAAAGCCUUCAGAUACUACUCAGUCCUUACGCAGCAUCGGAAAACUCAUACUGGAGAGAAACUCUAUGAGUGUAGUGAAUGUGGAAAAGCUUUCAGACAGAGCUCAGCCCUUUAUUCCCAUCAAAGAAUUCAUACUAGAGAAAAACCCUAUUUAUGUAGUGAAUGUGGAAAAGUCUUUAGCCAGAAUUCAACCCUUACUCGACAUCAGCAAACACACACUGGAGAAAAACCCUAUGAAUGCAGUGAAUGUGGAAAAGCCUUCCGACUGAACUCAGCUCUUUUUUCACAUCAGAAAACACAUCCUGGAGGGAAACCCUACAAAUGUAGUGAAUGUGGGAAAGCCUUCAGCCAGAGCUCAUCCCUUUCUUACCAUCAGAGGACUCAUACUGGUGAGAAACCAUAUGAAUGUAGUGAAUGUGGGAAAUCCUUCAGUCGGAAGACAUUCCUCACUCAACAUCAGAGAGUUCAUACUGGAGAGAAACCUUAUGCAUGUAAUGAAUGUGGGAGUGCCUUCAGUAGGCGGGCAGCCCUCACCAAGCAUCAAAAACUGCACACUGGAGAUAAAAAAGGGUUUGGGCCAUACAAGAGUGGUGAAUGCAAGCAAGGAUUUACCUCCAAGUCAGUCCUCAUCACACAUAGGCGGACACACUCGGGAGAGAAGCCUUAUGUAUGUGAGGAAUGUGGGCGAGGAUUUACACAGAGUUCAAACCUCAUCACACACAGGCGGACACACUCGGGAGAGAAGCCUUAUGUAUGUGAGGAGUGUGGGCGAGGAUUUACACAGAGUUCAAACCUCACCACACACAGGUGGACACACUCAGGAGAGAAGCCUUAUGUAUGUGAGGAGUGUGGGCGAGGAUUUACACAUAAUUCCAAACUCAUCACACACAGGCGGACACACUUGGGAGAGAAGCCUUAUGUAUGUGAGGAGUGUGGGCGAGGAUUUACACAGAGUUCAAACCUCACCACACACAGGUGGACACACUCAGGAGAGAAGCCUUAUGUAUGUGAGGAGUGUGGGCGAGGAUUUACACAUAAUUCCAGACUCAUCACACACAGGCGGACACACUUGGGAGAGAAGCCUUAUGUAUGUGAGGAGUGUGGGCGAGGAUUUACACAGAGUUCAAACCUCACCACACACAGGUGGACACACUCAGGAGAGAAGCCUUAUGUAUGUGAGGAGUGUGGGCGAGGAUUUACACAGAAUUCCAAACUCAUCACACACAGGCGGACACACUUGGGAGAGAAGCCUUAUGUAUGUGAGGAGUGUGGGCGAGGAUUUACACAGAAUUCCAAACUCAUCACACACAGGCGGACACACUCGGGAGAGAAGCCUUAUGUAUGUGAGGAGUGUGGGCGAGGAUUUACACAGAGUUCAAACCUCACCACACACAGGCGGACACACUCGGGAGAGAAGCCUUAUGUAUGUGAGGAGUGUGGGCGAGGAUUUACACAGAGUUCAAACCUCACCACACACAGGCGGACACACUCGGGAGAGAGGCCCUAUGUGUGUGGUCAAGGAUUUACCCAGAACAGUGUCAUCAUUCAGUACAAGCGUAGUCAGUAUCACUUUAGGUUAUCCCCGUAUCUCCCUGCCCAAGCGUGGUAGAGAGGUUUACAGUCCGGAUCCUGGGAAAUUAUAUCUAGAAACCUUGAAACUAUAAGAAGAAUAACAAAAUCCUCCUUACUUAGUCUGCCUAUCUCCCCCUCACUCUGCAGGUCCUUGGGCCCCUCUCUCCCUAUUUCUCAUCCCUAGGCAGCACCCUGCUUUAUGGAUUAGCUACCAAUGAAACAGGAGGCAAGAAAAAAUCAGGCCUCUAGUAAAUGAGAGACUGAGUCAUGAGUCCUCCGGGAGGAUGCCUGAGCACCAGGGAUGGGUCUAGGAGGUGGCCUUUGGGGAGAAUCGUGGCAUUAACAGUGCUGCAGUACCACCGCACAUCCCAGAGCUUAGAAAAGAUGCUUACGGAGGGAAAAAAACACAUGCACAUGACCGUUCAUCUCAGGGGCUUGGUGUUUACUGGACAGACAUCCAGGAAGGCUCCACAGAAGAUAGGCCUCCGAGAAUGAGUGGGAAUUUAGCAGCUAAAGAAAGGGUGAGUGAAGGCAGGCGUGCCUGGCAUGGACAAGGUACAAGCAAAGGUACAGAGUCCGUGUGUUAAGGGUGUAGAAGAAAAGUACCAAUCUUAGCAAGCAUUCACUUGGUGUUUUAAGAUUUGCAAAGCAUUCGACAAAUGUUACCUUGCUUGAUCCUCACAACAGCCUCAGGUAGGUGAGGAAACAGGCAGGCAGGGUGAGUGAUGGCUCAAGCUUACACAGAUAGUAAGUAUAUGGGGCUGGAUUUAAACUCAGUUCUUCCUGACCCUGGGUCCAGUGCUAUGUGCACAGUGUAUCCAGUGCUGCCCUGCCCCAUCCCGCCCCCAAAAAAUCAGCAUUCUGCAUUUUUGGCACAAAUUUGUCAGACAUAAACUUAUUAAUUAAAUUAUUAUAAGACUCGGCUUAGAGAUAGAAAAGUCCAAAGGAAUAGAACCCCAUACUGCUUUUGAAAAUCUCUCUGGCUCAAGCCUUUGUCUAGUUACAAUGUCUAGGGUCCACAAAUAAAGACAAAAUUCCGUCAUCAAAGUAGGAGUACAAAGUUCAGGUGGUAGUUUUGCUUCAAACUGGUUAGACCUUUUAUAAGAGUGUAAUCUAAGUGCAGGACAUGGUCAUUCACAUCAGACCGAGGACCUCAGAUAAAGAUAUUAAAUACAUAUACAUGUACACACACACA